GAUUAUCUCUGCUUAAUUCCGCUUAACUGUGAACAGUUAAGCAUGUAUGGAGUGUGUGCAUGGUGCUUUGUGACCGACUGACUUUCAAUUCACACUCUAUCUUUACACCCAGCAUUCUUCAAGAUGAACAAAUCAAUUAAUGAAUGAAUGUGUUUUAUUUAUUCUUUACACACAGAACCCAAUUUCAUUGAUUACAGUGAGACUAAUAAGUAAUAGCUAUAAGUUCAAUUAACUACAGGCUAAACUAUUUGUUUGUUGAAAAACAAAAAGUAAAGCAAAAACUUACAGGUACAUUUAACUAAAAACUCCUUAUAAAAAUGCAUGGUCUCCUGUUUUGUUUACUGCACUCAUUCUCCCCUGUACUGAAAAGCAUCUGGCCUGUCCCAAAUCAAAACAUGCAGACUAAAAUGAUCUUCUGUGACAAGACCAAACAGGAAGCGCCCGAAAGAACAACAACCACAAUAACAUUUUCUCAUUUAAUGAAGGGCUUCCGGCAUAAAAAGGAUACUGUGCCAAAUAAAAAAAUGAAGACCGAAAUGAUCUGCUGUGACGACCCCAAACAGGGAGCACCUGAAAGUACAAUAACAAUAACAUUCUCCCCUGUACUGACUUCUGUUUCUGAUGAAGGCUCUUGGGAUAAAUACCCAGACUGCUGGGACUCCGGUGUUUAUGAAAGCAGUGACGCAGCGGUCCAGAGAGAGCCUGGUGCAGUGCAGGCAGUGACAAGAGAUUUUAGGACUCUUUACCUUCAUGCUGGACAGUUUAAGUGUAAAUUCUCAGACCUUGUGUUUGAUAUGAAAGGGGAAGGCAGAGUGAUGUACCAGACUGUGCCCUGGGACAGCCAUGUGUUGAAGGGAUUAGGCCACAUGGAGCCUGCAGGACCUCUGUACAGUAUUGAGUGCAGCAAAGGAUCAAUCCAUCGCCUGCACCUUCCACACUGUGAGACUCGUACAGAUGUGGUUAAAUUGACUGUGGCUCAUGUGACUGGUGGAAAUGUGGAGAUGCUUCAGCCUCUAAAAAUAACAAACACACACGUGAUCAUAGAAGUUCAGAAUCUCUCACCUUUUGGUCUCUUAAAAGCAUUGCUAUGGCCAGCAUAUCCCAUCAGAGCCCAAGUUCUGCUGUUCUUUGAGAAAAGCCUGAGGAAACUUCACAUCCAUCUGUUGCCAGGGAAUGUCCCGGUUGAAGAGGUGCAGAAGAGACAUGAGAACAUCAGAUACAUUACAACAAGCUCCAAAUGUGAGCUGACCCCUGGUAAAAAAUACAGGCCGUGCUGUAGAAAUAAUGAUCGUGAAUAUGAUUCCCAACCAGAGGAUGAGAAGUUUGAGCGUGAUUAUGGACCCAACUACCACCCUACAUUUGAGGUGUUCCUAAAUACUGGGGUUAGAAAAGUCACAUUAAGUCUUUUCGAUGAAAAUGGCCUGGUGGUGUGGAAGCCUCGUGAUGUCAAGCUCACAGGUACACAGAGAGCCGCAACCAGUAAACAUUCACCUGGUGCUGAUUUUGUGGAUAAAUACACAGCAGAACUCAUUCAGAAAGUUCCUUCAGUAAUGGAGAUAGUAGACCAUUUUAGAGACAUGGGACUUACUAGUGAAAUGUACAAUAAGAUCCAUGCAGAGGCAACAACACAAGACCAAAUGAGAGAAUUCUACAAUUAUCUCAACUCAGCAGGACGAGCUGCAAAAGCUAAAUUCUAUCAGAUUCUUCAACAAAAACAUUUUGGAUUAGUCACAGAGCUGGAGUCGGGAUCGGGUCUGGAUUAGUGGAGGUUUAACAGAGUAAAUCACAGGCAGACAGGGGUGUAGACUGAUUCUUGGGCCCUAUGCAAAGACAGUGUGUGGGAGCCCCUUUCCCAUCAUCUCAUGAUCCAUUCACUUUUUUUAAAGUAACAACAGAAAAGUACACAUUUCACUGACUGAUAAAGUAAAUGCUGGGAUUCACUAACGUAAAAUUGAAAAGUACAGAACAGUAUUAAAAAUACAAAUACUGUCUAUUGUAUAAAAAAAUAUUUGCAGUCAUGUUAAUGCAGCAAAGAUUUAUUUUUGUGUAUGAAUUGUUCUAUAUCUGGGGUAGGCAGCCUCGGUCCUGGAGAGCCGUUGUUCUGUAGAGUUAAGCACCAACCCUAAUCAAAUUAUGUUGCGUUCAUUUUGUUUUCUUUUCCUCUCCUCUCUUGCUGAUCUUUUUUUGCUUGGACAUUGUGCACGUCGCGUUGGUCUCAACUUGAAAAAACUCUACAAUUGACCACUCGCUCUUUUCCACUGAGUCCUCGCUCUAGCUCUUCCUCAAUCUCAGCCAAUUAGCAUUUGGUAUCGUUCCUAAACAACCAAUUCAGUCUGCCAAACUUGCAUGCACACAGUUCUUAUGAGGAGGGGUCGACACAGAGGUGUGUGUGUGCCGAAGCACAGCGAGGAUCAGAAUAUUGCAUGCACCAACAGGCACAGUAUACACUCAAUUUCACAUCAAUAAUAAUAAUGUUUCAGGAUCUUCGAGGGCAGGGCGGUCAAGGCACCUCACAUGCCAGGGCCCUAUGUACUCAGUCACCCUUUACCCCCCACUCACAACGCGCCUGCACAUAGCUAGUUGAAGCAGGGAUGAAAAAUCUGAAAGGCAUGUGUACGAUCCGUGCAUCGCAUCUUCUUUAGAUCUUCAAGGCUCUGGAAGAGAGAGAGGAUCAUCACUGACACCCAGCAAUGAGAUGUCAAUGAGAAUCAAUUAUUCUUGUAACUAAUCUGUAAAAAAUGGAAAUAAACAAGUUAAACAUAGAGAUGUAUACAG